CAAAACUCCGGAGUGAGAGUAUUAGAGCAUCAGUUAGGAGCCUCUUUAUUUACCCCCUUUUAGUUUAGUUUAGGUGUAGAUACGCAGUGGACGCGCAAAUCGGAUAGCACCAAAUUGGAUGGUGCGCAAAUGGCAAGUGAUAGCUGAGCUGUAACCCGAGUUUGAGGGGAUUUAUGUGAAAAGAAAAAAAUACAUGCUUUUCGCAAAGGACGCUACCGCAAGGCUUUGCAUGGUGUUCGAGGCUCCCACUAUCUGAGAUUUUUUUAUUUGUUUUUUACUCGUGCAGUUCUUUUUAAAAUUCCUGCAAAGUUGUCCGCGAUUUUUUGUUCCUGCAGCGGGAGAGCGAUAAAGGGGUUAAACUAGAGUAAAGCGGCGAAAGUGAAUCACUAUGGAAGAAAAUGAGCACGGCAAAGGAGAUGAGGUGGAGCGGCGGGAGUCAGCGGACGAGUCCAACAGAGCCAUACUCCCCCUCCUGCAGGCGCCGGGGAACCUGCAGAUUCCUCAUCGGGUCACCAAUUUCUUCAUCGACAACAUCCUGCGGCCGGACUUCGGGAGGAAAAAGGACGCGGGGGGAAACCGCGAGGAGAGCGGCAGCUUCGCGUCGCGGGAGAACCACAACAGCCCCGCCGCCCCUCAUCAGACCGAGCCGGUGGGGAGUACGGUGCCGGCGGAGGGGACCUCCACUCCGCACACGGUCGCAGGAGCAAAGAAGCCCCCCAAAACCGCAGAGGAGCCCCUAAAUACCCGCGGGGAGAAUGGAGACCAGUGCCUGAGCUCGGACUCGGACAGUUCCCAAGCCAGCUCAAACCCGUCCAUGUCUAAGCCCAUGCUGUGGCCAGCCUGGGUUUACUGCACCAGAUACUCGGACAGGCCUUCUUCAGGGCCAAGAUCCCGCAAACCAAAGAAGAAGUCGACCAGCAAAGAGGACAAGCGACCACGCACGGCCUUCACAGCAGAGCAGCUGCAAAGACUCAAAUCAGAGUUUCAGACAAAUCGGUAUCUGACGGAGCAGAGGCGACAGAACCUGGCGCAGGAGCUGGGCCUGAACGAAUCCCAGAUCAAGAUCUGGUUUCAGAACAAAAGAGCAAAAAUCAAGAAGGCCAGCGGCACUAAAAACAGUCUGGCUUUGCACCUGAUGGCGCAGGGACUGUACAAUCACGCCACCGUCACGUCGAAAGACGAAAAAUCAGACAGCGAUUGAUUUCCAGAAGAAAAAAACAGCCUCCUGACGAAAAAGAACCUAUAGUAAUCCUAUGAUAGAUUUUCUUUAAUAAAGAUUAAAAACUCUACUUACAGGAAUAUUUAAUAUUUCCACAGCAGAUACUUUAAUUACCCGGAUGUACAAUGGCUCCACAACACAACAAAGGUCACCCAGAAUUCCUACACCCCAUUCCAUAGGCUCCUAUGGGAAUAUUAUAGUGGUUUUUUUUUCGUUUUAUGGGAGGUUUAAUCAAGCCUUCAAUGCAAUAAUAUGACCGAACAAAGGGCCAGCGUAUACCAGCAUAAAUUGUUUAAAAAAUAGAGAUAUUUCUGCAAUAUCACGUCUAUAAAAGAAGAUGAGGUAUAGAGUUUUCCUUGUUUUUCUUGUCUCCGCCCCUUUCCAGGAGCUUCAGAUCUCUCCGUUUUUAUACACAGCUAUACAUGAUUGUCAUCGUUUUGCAUUUUAACUAACUGGCACCUUCGAUUUGUCAGUCAAGUGGAAAUAAAAAAUAAAAUUAAAUUAAAAAAUAAAAACUGAAGUCCAAAGAAUAGUAUUUUUCUGCUGCAUCCAGGCUACUGUGAAUCUAACUAAAUGUCGCCAUGCUGCUGGUUUUCUUGGUGUAAACUGGUCAAAAUGACGUUUUCUGAGCUAAUUGGGCAUUUGUUUCAGUUUUUUUCUAGCUAACAUUUAACUAAAACUUCUAUUCUUUAAACAAACGUAUGCCAAUGCAUCAGUGCAGCUAUUGUUGUUUUAAGUAGCAAUAUGAUUUGUUUUUGUUGGUGUUUGAAGCUAACUGAAGGCUAUGAUGCUGCCUUUUGGGUCACAGAAACAACUCUGUAGCAUAAAAGACAAUGAUGACCACUCUCUAGACCACACGUGCAGGUUUUUGGAUGUUCUUGGUAAAUCUUUCUCUAUAUACAUUUUUAUUACAUAUUCAUAUAUCAUUGAAAAGAAGGGAAAUCCAUCAGUGACUGUAUUACAAAUGUUGGAAAUCUCUUAUUGGUGUUGAAAGGACUUCAUAUGUGUAUUUAUAUAGAUUAUAUUGAGAUAAAAAAUCUAUCCAAUGACCGGUGUUGCUUUAGAGUAGACUUCUGAGGUGUUUACACUGCUUGUUUAUCUUGCAAUAACUUCAUUUUUUUAGUUUUUUUGUUUUUGUUUCCUUUUAUUAUUAUUUUUUGUGAAUGACAUAUUGUCAUGGGGCCUUUUGUGCAUGAAAGCUGCAAUUUGUUGUACUUGGGGCAAAUAACUGUGUUUAUAAACCUUACAGAGAAAAAAGUAUGAGUUUUCUUUGGUUUUCAGACUGCAUCCAUACCAAAUUGUGGACUUUUUUGCCUUUCUGAGUGUUUUUCUUUCUUUUCUUUUUCUUUUUUUUUGUGUAUCUGCAAAAAUAAAUGUGUGUGAAUUAAAAAGUAAAAAAAGAGAAAUCCACCAAACAGAACAAAACACACCUUGCCUUAAAAGUUCAAGUGGGAACUUUUUGUGAAACAGAACUGUGCCGAAUCAGAGAAGCAGUAUUACUUCAAAUGCAGACUACUCAAGUUUAUUGCCUUUUAUGAAAAACUGCUGGUACGACAUUAUGAAUUUACUCAUCAGCGUAUAUCUAUCUAUAUAUGAACAUGUCUAAAUGAAAUUACAACACAGAGUUGUAGAAAACAAUGCUAUUUUUAUUUUAAGUUGGAAGUAUUCUUUGGUAUAAUGUACAUAAUUUGUAUCAUGUAUUAAUUGUGUAAUUAACUGCCUCUUGAAAACUGCAAAAGAAGAAUAAAUAAACCUUGAAGAUUAU